AACAGUGUGGUGUAAUCAGGUGAGGUAAUAUCGUGGAAAAUCCAGAGGUCAUGUGUUGCAUUUCCUUGUUUCAAAAUAUUUCCCAAUCAAAGUGUAUAUAAGCAGUUGACAGAAUCAAAAAAGCACAUCAGAUCACCGUUACCAACUCAACGUACUCCACAGCAAAAUUAUCUUAUAAACCAGUGAUCAACAAUGAACACUCUCAAGAGACUUCUCCCAGCAGCUAUGCUCUCAUUGAUUGUACUGAACAUGUUUGGCAAUACACUAUCAGCUGCAGCAUACAGAGACUGCUGUCUCGCAUAUUCGAGGAAGAGACUGCCACAAAAAUUGAUCUCUGGUUACAUGGAGCAAAAAUCCAAUGAAAUAUGUGAGAUAGAUGCAAUUAUAUUCUACACCGUCAGAGGAAGAGCAGUGUGUGCAGAUCCUGAACACCAUUGGGUGAAGAAAACACUGAAUUUUUUGAGCAAAAAGCUGAGAAAAAUGUCACAAGAUUGAGCCAUGUCUCGAGGAAAGAAGUUGGCUGCAUUUAGCUGGAUUUAUUUCAAGAAUCCAUCCUGCAUAGUAUCUAUGCCCAGACAAUGAAAGUUUAUUAAAACUUAUGUAAUUUGUAUCAAUCACAAUUGAUGUGUAAGCCCCUUUAUUUAUAGUAUGUUCUACUGAACUUAAUGAAGUAACUUAACUGUAUAUUCUUAUUUAAUUUUUUGCUACAUCAUUUUGGUUGUGAAUUAAAUGACGAUGAAUGUAAUAUUAUCACCUGGAUAUGUGUCAGUCAAUCUAUAUUUAAUUUAUUGGAAAGUGAAAGAUGCCAAGGAAUAUCUCAGAGUUCAAGUAGCACCGUAUUAAUUGCCACCUCUGUGUAUUUCAAAAAUGGGAGCGAUUGAAAAAUAAAGAUAUUUAUUUCAGAUUUCUUCUUCGGUAAUUUAUUUUGCCUCACUAACGGAAACCUAGCCAAUGGUAAACCACUUACAGCAUUGUCAGCAGAAGGGUAAACUAAAGCUCAUCACAAACAUCUUUCCAACUUCAUCAGACACGAGAUGGAAUAAAAUAAAGAGCAGGGGGAUUGAUCCUAUUGUUCGGAAUCCCAGGAAAACCAACUUGAGGGAUUCCAAACAUUCAAUGUGAGGCUUCUAGUAUUGAAUUCCUAACUGAAUUAUGACUUUUGAAAUCCAGAAUGGAACUUUAAUAAACUUUGUAAAAUUCCUGCGUCAGCUGCUUCAGGUGUCAACAUUUAAACUGGUUUGUUGUUUUACCCUGGCACCUGGUCUUUAUUAAAGCAAAUGUUUUGACCAAAAGUAACAGAUUAUUAUCUAAAUGGUCAGAUUAUUAUCUAAAUGGUGUCAAGUUGGGAAAAGGGGAAGUACAACGGGAUCUGGGGGUCCUUGUUCAUCAGUCACUGAAAGUAAGCAUGCAGGUACGGAAGGCAGUGAAGAAAGCGAAUGGCAUGUUGGCCUUCUAAACAAGAGGAGUUGAGUAUAGGAACAAAGAGGUCCUCCUACAGUUGUACAGGGCCCUAGUGAGACCACACCUGGAGUAUUGUGUGCCGUUUUAGUCUCCAAACUUGAGGAAGAUCAUUCUUGCUAUUGAGGGAGUGCACAUAGGUUCACAAGGUUAAAUCCCGGGAUGUCGGGCCUGUCAUUAGAUUGGAACGGCCGGGCUUGUAUACUCUGGAAUUUAGAAGGAUGAGAGCGGAUCUUAUUGAAAUAGAUAAGAUUAUUAAAGGUUUGGACAUGCUAGAGGCAGGAAACAUGGUCCCGAUGUUGGGGGAGUCCAGAACCAGGGGCCAUAGUUUAAGAAUAAGUGGUAAGCCAUUUAGAACGGAGAUGAGAAUAAAAAAAUUCACACAGAAUGUUGUGAGUGUGUAGAAUUCUCUGCCUCAGAGGGCGGUUGAGGGUAGUUCUCUGGAUGCUUUCAAGAGAGAGUUACAUAGAGCUCUUAGGGAUAGCGGAGUUAAGGUAUAUGGAGAGAAGGCAGGAAUGGGGUACUGAUUGUGGAUGAUCAGCCAUGAUCACAUUGAAUGGCGGUGCUGGCUCGAAGUGCCGAAUGGCCUACAACUGCACCUAUUGUCUAUUGUCUAUUGUCUAUUGAACAAUGAAACUAAGUAAUUAAAUUGCUUAUGACAUUUGCUGAAGUUAGCUUCAGUUUUCUAACUAAUCUCAGAAAUAGGCAUAUCAUUAUUCUCAAUGCAGUAAAUAUUGAAAUAUCGUAUGUUCUGCUAAUUUCUGCUUGGAUUGAGGUGCCUGAAAGUUCAGAGUCUUAGAGUCAUUGAGGACAGAAACCUGCCUUUGGACCUAUCCUGGUCAUCAAGUACCCAUCUAUCCUAAUCCACUUUCCCACCAUUUUGACCAUAACCUUCUACGCCAUGGCAUUUAAAGGAUUCAUUCAGAUACAUCUUUAAUAUUGUGAGAGCACCUGUCUCUACUACCCCACAGGCAGUUCAUUCCAGAUUUCACCCACUCUCUCAGCAAUAAAAAAAUUCCUCCCAACACCAACCUCUCUGUUGCGUUGAAGCAGCCACACAUUAAGACCUCCUAUCUCCCUGUUCCUGUUGUCACUAGCACGAGGUACUGGAAGCAAUCCAGAGAUAACCACCCUAGA